GCAGCAGGAGGCGCUGCUUGGCGGGCGAUCCAUUCCCCCCACCCCUAGUCCUCUGCGCUUUGUCCCACAGAGCGGGGGCAGAAGAACUCCGUGGGACGGGAGCAGCUCAGCAGUCUCAUUUUAGGAGCUUCGCCGGCAUUUCGACUCGGGCCAACUUUGAGAGACUGCUGGCUUCAGCUCGGACGAACCAGAGCAAACGAUGGCGCUUUCCAAGGAAGCGCGGUAGGAAAGGAGGAAAAUUUAAGUCGGCGGGCACGGCUGAAGAUCUUCCCGGAAAGAUACCCUCCCCUAUCCCCGUUCGCCGCCCCGACAGCUCAGCUUAGAAGGCAUUUUGUUGAAAAGAUGGUUCUUUAUUUGGACACCUUUGUUUAUUUCACACUCAUGCUUUUAAACCAUUGGAUAGUGUCAACUAUAUGUCUAAAUCUUGAGGAUCCAAAUGUGUGUAGCCACUGGGAGAGUUAUUCUGUUACAGUGCAGGAAUCCUAUCCCCAUCCUUUUGAUCAGAUUUACUAUACCAGCUGUACAGACAUACUGAACUGGUUUAAGUGUACACGACACAGAAUCAGCUAUCGAACUGCUUAUAGGCAUGGAGAAAAGACUAUGUAUAGACGGAAAUCUCAGUGUUGCCCUGGAUUUUAUGAAAGCAGGGAAAUGUGCAUUCCUCACUGUACUGAUAAAUGCAUUCAUGGCCGUUGCAUUGCUCCAAACACCUGUCAGUGUGAGCCUGGCUGGGGUGGACCCAACUGUUCAAGUGCAUGUGAUAGUUACCAUUGGGGACCUCACUGCAGUAGUCGCUGCCAGUGUAAAAAUGGAGCUUUGUGUAAUCCCAUCACUGGAGCCUGCCACUGCACUGCAGGAUUCAAGGGAUGGCGCUGUGAGGAACACUGUGACCAAGACACAUAUGGAAAUGAUUGCCACCAAAAAUGCCAGUGUCAGCAUGGAGCCACCUGUGAUAACAUCACUGGAGAAUGCAGAUGUCCCCCUGGAUAUACUGGAGCUUUCUGUGAGGAUCUUUGUCCACCUCACAAACAUGGGCCACAAUGUGAAGAAAGAUGCCCAUGCCAGAAUGGAGGAGUUUGUCAUCAUGUAACGGGAGAAUGUGCCUGCCCUCCUGGAUGGAUGGGCACAGUCUGUGGUCAGCCUUGCCCAGAAGGACGUUAUGGAAAUAAUUGUUCCCAAGAAUGUCAGUGCCACAAUGGAGGAACAUGUGAUUUAGCCACUGGUCAAUGUCAUUGCAGUUCAGGGUAUACAGGAGAACGGUGUCAAGAUGAAUGCCCAAUUGGAACUUUUGGAAUACAGUGUGCAGAGAUCUGCCAAUGCAUGAAUGGUGGAAAAUGCUACCAUAUUAGCGGAGAAUGUCUUUGUGAGCCAGGAUAUACCGGAGUACACUGUGAAACAAGGCUAUGUGCUGAAAUAGUCUAUGGUCUUAAAUGCGACAAAAGGUGUCCCUGUCAUUUGCCAAAUACUCAGAGCUGCCACCCAAUGUCUGGAGAGUGCUUUUGCAAGCCUGGCUGGUCUGGUCUCUCUUGUAAUGAAAGCUGUUCCCCAGGAUUCUAUGGUGAAUCUUGUCAACAAAUCUGCAAUUGCCGAAAUGGUGCUGACUGUGACAGUGUGACUGGAAAAUGCAUUUGUGCUCCAGGAUUUAAGGGUUCUGAUUGUUCUAUUCCUUGUCCUGUUGGAACAUACGGAAUAAACUGUUCAUCUAUAUGUAACUGUAAAAAUGAGGCUGUUUGUUCCCCAGUGGAUGGUUCCUGUGUCUGCAAAGCUGGUUGGCACGGAGUGGACUGCUCUAUAAAUUGUCCUAGUGGGACAUGGGGUCUUGGCUGUAAUUUAACAUGUCAGUGCCUUAAUGGAGGAGCAUGCAAUAUUCUGGAUGGAACCUGCACCUGUGCUCCAGGUUGGAGAGGAGAAAAAUGUGAAUACCCCUGUCAGGAUGGCAUGUAUGGCCUGGACUGUUCAGAGCGCUGUGACUGCAGUCAUGCAGAUGGAUGUCAUCCAGUAACAGGUUAUUGCCGUUGCCUCCCAGGGUGGUCAGGUAUACAUUGUGACAGUGUAUGUGCUGAAGGACAUUGGGGUCCAAACUGUUCAUUGUCCUGUUACUGUAAAAAUGGAGCAUCAUGUUCUCCAGAUGAAGGAAUCUGUGAAUGUGCACCUGGUUACAGAGGUGCUACAUGUCAAAGAAUUUGUUCUCCCGGAUUUUAUGGACAUCGUUGUAACCAGGCCUGCCCCCAGUGUGUUCACAGCAGUGGCCCAUGCCAUCAUGUGACAGGACUAUGUGACUGUUUACCUGGUUUUACUGGCGCUCUCUGUAAUGAAGUUUGUCCCAGCGGAAGAUUUGGAAAGAACUGUGCAGGGGUUUGCACAUGCACAAAUAAUGGAACUUGUAAUCCAAUUGACAAGUCUUGCCAAUGUUACCCUGGCUGGAUUGGUAGUGAUUGCUCCCAGCCUUGCCCUCCUUCUCACUGGGGCCCAAACUGUAUUCAUACAUGCAAUUGCCACAAUGGUGCUCACUGUAGUGCUUAUGAUGGAGAGUGUAAAUGUACCCCGGGAUGGACUGGUCUCUAUUGCACACAAAGAUGUCCACUGGGUUUUUUUGGGAAAGACUGUGCUUCAAUCUGCCAGUGUGAGAAUGGAGCUGACUGUGAUCAUAUCUCAGGCCAGUGUACAUGUCGCACAGGAUUCAUGGGAAAAUACUGUGAACAAAAGUGUCCCCCAGGUACUUAUGGUUAUGGUUGUCGGCAAAUAUGCGAUUGCCUGAACAACGCAACUUGUGACCAUAUCACUGGAACCUGUUACUGUAGCCCUGGCUGGAAAGGAGCAAGAUGUGACCAAGCAGGGGUGAUCAUUGUAGGAAACCUGAACAGUUUAAGCCGUACUAGCGCUGCCAUUCCAUCUGAUUCUUACCAAAUUGGAGCCAUUGCUGGAAUCAUAAUUCUUGUCCUUGUUGUCCUUUUUCUGCUUGCAUUGUUCAUUAUUUAUAGACAAAAGCAGAAAGGGAAAGAAACAAAUAUGCCAGCAGUUACCUAUACACCUGCCAUGAGAGUUAUCAAUGCAGAUUAUACCAUUUCAGAAACCAUUCCUCAUAAUAAUGGUGGAAGCACUAAUAGUCAUUACUUCUCCAACCCCAGCUAUCACACUCUAACACAAUGCUCAAAUACAGCAAAUGCCAACAACAUGAAUAGGAUGACUCUGUCAAAGUCAAACAAGAACCAAUUGUUUGUGAAUCUUAAAAACAUGGAUCCUCAGAAGCGAGCCCCCAUCAUGGAUUACACAGGGACAUUGCCAGCUGAUUGGAAGCAUGGAGGCUACCACAAUGAAUUAGGAGUUUUUGGAGCUGACAGAAACCUUUUGGGGAAAUCCUUGAAAGAUCUAAUAAAGAAUUCUGAAUAUAAUUUAAGUAACUGUUCCUUAAGUAGCUCUGAAAAUCCAUAUGCUACUAUUAAAGAUCCACCAGCACUUAUGCCAAAAAAUUCAGAAUGUGGAUAUGUUGAAAUGAAAUCACCAGCACACAGGGAUUCUGCCUAUGCGGAAAUUAAUAACUCUGUUUCAUCUAACAAAAAUGUAUAUGAAGUUGAACCAACAGUUAGUGUUGUCCAAGGCAAUUUAAGUAAUAAUGGACCCAUCAGCCAAGAUCUUUAUGAUUUACCAAAAAACAGCCACAUCCCUUGCCAUUAUGACCUGCUGCCUCCUCGGGAUAGCCCUGCAUCUUCAGACAAAGAUGAAAACAGUGAAUAACCCUUGAUGAACAUAAUCAAGUUAUCUUGAAAAGUGGAGUCUGGUUAUUCUUCUUCUGUUUUCCUACCUGCAUCCAGUAAACGUUUGCUGUACAUAAAGGAGGAGAAUCAAACUACAGUUUCUAUACACUCACUACUGAUGAAUAGACAUCAAGCUUGGAAGGUCAUGUCAGAUUUUCCAUCAAUAUUUUUUUUUAAAAAGCGCCGAACAUUUACAUUGUGAUGCAUUGGUUCAACAUCCAAGCUUAUGGAACAAUGCUUGUGAGAACUCUACUGCUCAAAAGAAGCAGCCAUCUUUUACUAUCUCAACUUAUAUAUGUUGACAUACAUUUUUUCUUUUUAUGACCCUGUAAACCCUUUAUUCAGGGUAGUGUCGGGGUGACUGAAUGAAGCUGAAUGUUUACUGGCUGGAUGCCCUUCCUGAAGCCUACAUGAAGUUUGCAGUAGAUAUUUUCUCUUUGCGCCAUGAGAGGGAAACAUUUGCUGCUACAAUAGGAUUGAACUCUCAAACUUUUGAGUGGGAGGCAAACGUCUUCACUACUAGGCCCCGACACCGCUCAUAAACGUUGACAUACAAUCAAGACAGCAUAAUCUGCCAAAUAUUCACUUAGCCAAGUAGCCAGGAUUACUAAUUAUGGGUAGGGGUUGUAAAAAAGAAACUGAUACCACUUUUUCAAUGGCAAAGAUGGUAUAAGGAGAUACUCAGAGUAUACUCACCACAAUCCUGGACUGAUUGGACAAACCUCCAAGAUAUUUUUUUUGUUUUUUUUGUUUACAUUUAUAUCCCGCCCGUCUCCGAAGACUCAGGGCGGCUUACAGUGUAUAAGGCAAUAGUCUCAUAUUUAUCACAUUGCUGGUAAUGGAAAUAUAAUACAGAACAGGAAUAGUUUUGAAUAGGAGUGAAUCAGUGAAGAUUGAAGAUUGAAUGAAUCUGUCUGGAGACCUGUAUCAUGAAAUGGGAUUUGUCGUACCUUCUUAUUGGUUCAAUAGUGGCUAUUCUAACUACAGUAUUUGUUAUAUGUGAGUAAUAUAUAACAAAUACAUAUAGCUAUAAGCAUUGCAUAAACAUAUAAGUUAAAGGUUUUAUUUUUACCAAAAUGUCUUCAAGGACUGGAUGAGAGAACCCAGAUAUAACAUAUGUACACUCUGAAUGAGAAAAGGUUUCAAUUGAUCAACAAAGAAGAGUAUUCUUCAUCUGAAAUUAAUUGAACCAAUUUUUGUAUACUUGUUGAAAAAGUACCUUUUUUAUGAUAGGAAAGGAAUAGGGAAAAUAUGCUUAAGCUGGACUUUUGCAUUGUGGAAAACUUGGCAUGCGUAGCCCACAUUUCAUUAACUUGUAUUUUAAAAUAAUGUAGCUGUGUUUUCUAGUGGUUUAGAACAACAGUGGUGAAAUAUUAUAUUUUAUAACCCUGUCAAAUCCCCUUAUUUCCAGCUUCAUGAAAUUUAGAGGUUCUGCUUUUAUGAAGAAAAAUAUUAUUUUACAUCAAUUUCCCAACAGACUUAAAAGUUGGAAUUUACCAGUGUGUAUACUGCAGCAAUAUUAAGAUUUUUAAAAGACAGCUUUAAUAUUAGGGCAAGGGUUUAUUUAUAAGAAAAAUAUUGAACUGGAGAGAACUUAGUGUGAUUGAUUCUUUAAUUAAAAAUGUAAUAUCUCUGUUUCAAGGGCAUUUUUCUUAUGGUCUAAUCUGCCGAUAGCAAAAUUUUCACAUAAAAGGUAAAAAAAUUGGCAAAUAAUCAGCUCUCAGUCUAGAAUUGUUUUGUGCAAUGUAGCUAUCCGUUACUAUAUCAUUUUUAGCCCUAACAGUAACAGAUUAUUCCUUAUAUAUGUAUUAAAUAUAAUUGUUGGAUUUUUUCAAUUUGCAGUUUCCAAUUUUCUAUUUCUUACCAAUCAAUUCCUAAAAUUGGUAAGCCAUAUGCCCUAGGGCUAUUAAAUUUUUUAAAAAUAUUAGUGGCUCAGAUCUAACAUAAUGGUAGCAUUGGAAAAAAAAAUCUUUCUAGAUAUUCCAGAAGAUAAACCUGGAUUGAAACUAAAACAUGUUUUACUUCAAAGGCAUUCUCCAUCAAAAGGUGCUGCCACAACCUGAUUUAGAUUUGGUAGGCAAUGUCUUUGUAUACUAAAACACAUAAUAUACUUGGAAGAUGCAAACCUGAAGGACAAAAGAACAGAGUUUUGCAAUUUAAACAGUUCAAAUGUCUUACCGAAGGAUAAGAUUGGAAUAGUGUCUGAAAUAGCUCCAUUGGCUUUUGUGUCACGGUAUAAAAAGCUUACAAAUAAAGACUAUCUUUUUUUGAACCGGACUUCAGUCUUAAUUUAUCAGCAAUUUAAGAGUAAAACAAAUUGGCUUAGUGUCUAAAGAGUUCCUGAAUUUCAUUUUGUCUCAUAUUAAGAAAGAAUGUAAUGGAAAAUGCCAGUAAAAGAUAUAUAAAGGAAAUAAAAUCUGGGCUCUCAAAUGUAACAGGGUACUCAACUGUAUGCACAUUGUCUCCAUUGGUACUGGCCAGGCUCCCUAUUCCAAAAUUCCUGUCUUUGUGUUAAUUGUUAAAGAAUUGUAAAUGUUUAUUUAAAUAAAAGGAUACUAUAGGAGAUAGUCUAAAAUUGUAAAAUCAUUUUUUUCUUUAUCUCCGUUUCAAUUGGCGGGAAUAAUUUUCAUAUAGUUGAAAAGUAGUAAAAAAAAAUGAGCAGGUUAAAAUAUUGUGGGAUUUCCAAUUUCAAACUGAUAACAUCUUGGCUUAUAACACACCAGAUUUAACUGUUUCUGAAAAAAAAGAAAAUGUGCAGUUCAUAUUUAAGCUCCUAGGAUAGUUUGUUGUUAUAUUGUUAUCAUAAUUUUAAUAGUUUUCAGUAUGUUAUUGUGUAAAGGAGUAUUUAUUGUCUUUUUAUGUUUUAAAUUGAAGGGGAAAUAGUGGUAUGUCAUUGCUAGUUGAAGAACAACCUUUCUAUAAAAUUGACUUCACAUUUAGUGUUUGACAUUCCUCUUUGUUAUUAAGUGGUACUAAAGAUUCUCCACAUAUCCAGCAUGCAGAUAUUUACCUACAGAAAUGUGAGACAUUAAGUAUGUGGUCUCUGAAGUGGUUGCAGAUUCCCAAGUCCUACACAAGAAUUCAGUAAGGGGAGGGAAUAAUAAUACUUUAGACCUGACACAUGUGGUUAAAAUAAUUGUGUAGCUUGUCUAUUGUCUAUUUCACCAUCCUUUACCUCUACCAGGAAUCUUAGCAGAGAACCAGAGAAUGAAAACAGCAGUUCUAAUUGUACAGGACCUCAUCAAGAGAAGAUUAAAAAAUAGAUACUGUUUUUCAAGUUUCUUUCCUGUUAUCUCUGGUAGCAGAAGAGGCCCUGAAAAUAUAUAAUGUGGAAUUAUGGUAAGUAGAAGAAAUUCCUACUUUGGAAGGGCAUCUGUUUUUUAUUUAAAUCUUUUUUUAUCUAUAUAUAUAUAAUAUUUUUAUUUUUUUUAACAAAAAAGAACAAUCAAACAUAACAUACAUUGACAUAAAGCAUAUAUUUUUAAUUUAAAUCUUAUUGCAAUAAACAAUCAGAUUGCAUAUUAUCAGUGUUGGGUUCAUACUCCAAUGGACAAAUAGACUUAUAUGUUAAAGAGCAGCGCUAAAGAAUGCAAGGAAUUUAGAAGUAUGGAUGCAAAACAAACAUAUUGACUGAUGAAGUCUGAUUAUGAAUUUCUGUUUAAUCUAUGUUUCAU